AUGGUGGGAACCGGAUCCUCUACAGUGAUGAUGAGAAUUUUUUUCAAAAUUCUGAGACAGUGGAAGAAGGAUCAGAAGGUGAUGUCGUGUUCGUCGUCAUCAGGGUCGGAGGAAGACGAUGAGGGAUUCGACUCUUACCGGAAAGGAGGGUACCACGCCGUCAGAGUUGCCGAUCAGUUCGGCGGCGGCAGGUACAUAGCACAAAGGAAGUUGGGUUGGGGUCAGUUUUCCACCGUCUGGCUUGCUUACGAUACUAAAACUUCUUCAUUUGUUGCUCUCAAGAUACAGAAAAGUGCGGCCCAGUUUGUUCAGGCUGCCCUUCAUGAGAUUGAUAUUCUUUCAUCCAUUGCUGAACAUGACCCAUCAAAUUCAAAAUAUGUAAUUCAAUUGAUUGACAACUUUAAGCACACGGGUCCAAAUGGGCAGCAUCUUUGCAUGGUCCUUGAGUUUCUUGGUGAUAGCUUGCUUCGCUUGAUCAAAUAUAGUCGUUACAAAGGUCUUCCAUUGAAUAAAGUUAGAGAGAUUUGCAAAUGCGUUUUAAUUGGUUUGGACUACUUACAUACUGAUCUUGGUAUAAUUCACUCUGACCUGAAACCUGAAAACAUUCUUCUAUGUUCAACCAUUGAUCCUGCCAAAGACCCUUUAAGAUCUGGACUCACCCCGAUUCUAGAGCGGCCUGAGGGACACACAAAUAGUGGAGUAACAAGUCUCAUUGAGAAAAGAUUGAAAAGGAGAGCAAGGUCGGCAGUUGCUAAGAUAUCUGGAAGAAGAACGUCGAUGGGAGGAACAGGAGAUGUUCGAAAGACUGAUAGAAAUAUUCAUGGGAUCGAUGUGAGAUGCAAGAUAGUAGAUUUUGGAAAUGCGUGUUGGGCUGAUAAGCAGUUUGCAGAAGAAAUACAGACAAGGCAGUACAGAGCACCUGAAGUUGUACUGAUGUCUGGCUACUCUUUUCCUGUUGACAUGUGGUCUUUUGCGUGCAUUGCUUUUGAACUAGCCACUGGGGAUAUGUUGUUUACACCAAAGGGUGGACAAGGUUUUAGUGAGGAUGAGGAUCACCUUGCUCUGAUGAUGGAACUCCUUGGAAAGAUGCCCCGGAAGAUUGCUACUGUAGGAGCUCAAUCCAAGGAUUUCUUUGACAGGCACGGGGAUCUAAAAAGAAUUCGAAGGCUAAAAUUUUGUCCACUAGACAAAUUGCUGAUUGAUCGAUAUAAAUUUUCAGUGAAUGAUGCUCAAGAGUUAUCAGAAUUUCUUCUACCUCUGUUUGAUUUUGCGCCAGAGAAGCGACCAACUGCGCGACAAUGCCUGCAACAUCCAUGGCUGAAGUGCAUAGAGUCCCCUCCAAAUGAAACUACUAGGAAAAAUGUGGAUGUUGGGAUGAGCAACCUGAAAAUCAGUGGGGGAAAGUGA